UAACCGCGCGGCGGAGUGUGCCUGCGCAUGCGCGUCCGGUCCGGAGCGGCCCGGGGUCGUCCGCCAUGGCGGGCGAGGCGCAGUGGGCCGCCGCCUGUGAGAAAUUUCGGGCGUCGUUGACCCUGUCGGAGGUGGAGUGCCAGCGGGACCCGGACACCGAGCCCUACCGCUCCAAGUACCGCGCCCGGGACCUGCUGCGGGACGUCAGGGCGCUGCUGGGCCCGCACGAGACCCCGAGCCCGAACCGUCACCAUGGCGACGACGACGACGACCGUGAGGAGGCCCGGGCGGAAGUGCAGGCCCCGGCCCGCCGCCCUCCUCCGCCGCCUCCUCCUCCAGGAAGCGGUCCGGGAUUGCUGCGGGCGGCCCGUCUGUCGGCGGUGGAGCUGCAGCUGGGCCUGAACCACACGGACACGGAGGAGCCGUCGGCCGGGGAGGAGCAUCUCCGAAACUGCCUCCGCCUGCUGCGCCCUCCCCACAGGCUGCACCCGCUCGGCGCCGCCAUCGCCGUGCACGCCCAGAACAACCUGGGAAUCCUCUGGUGUGACCGAGGCGAAAUGGAAAGAGGCCAGACCUACCUAGAGUCAGCCGAGGCGUUGUACAAGCAGUACACGAAAGAGAUCGGAAGCCCUCCCCUGGACCCCACCGAGCACUUUCUGCCCGAAGAGGAGCAGCUCUCCGAGCAGGAGCGAUCCAAAAGGUUUGAGAAGGCCCACACCCAUACCCUGUACUACUUAGCCCAGGUCUACCAGCACCUGAAUAUGACGGAGAAGGCGGCCCAGUAUUGUCACACCACCCUUAAGCGCCAGCUGGAGUCCGGUGGCUACCAUCCGGUGGAGUGGGCUAUCAACGCCGCUACCCUGUCGCAGUACUAUCUCAACGAGCAAUGCUUUAUGGAGUCCAGGCACUGCCUGUCAGCCGCCAGCGUCAUCUUCAGUCAGACUGAACAAAGUCCGUCUGGGGAAAGCCCCCAGACAGAAGAAGAUCAGCAGAAUCUCUGCCAGAGAAAGGCUGAAAUUGCAAGAUGCUGGAUUAAGUACUGCUUGAACCUCCUGCAGAGCGCUCGGAAGUCUCUUGAGGACAACAUCGGGGAACUGGAUCCCGACAAGCAGGGCGAGCUCAGAGCGCGGAGGAAAAGCGAGGAGGACGCGAGAGAGAGCGGCCGGAAACGGGCCGUCCUGUUCGGCACCAGCGACGUGCGGGACUCCAUCAUGGCCCUGGAGGAGAAGGUGAGCUGCGCGAGCCCUUUAGAUUUUGAAGAAGCCCGGGAGGUGUUCCUAGUGGGCCAGAACUACGUGGCCGAGGCGAAAGAGUACUUCCAGGUCGACGGGCACGUGACCGAUCACAUCGAGGUCGUCCAGGACCACAGCGCCUUAUUUAAGGCGCUGGCGUUCUUCGAGGCCGACUACGAGCGGCGGUGCAAGAUGCACAAGCGCCGCGUCGACAUGCUGGAGCCCCUCAGCGCCGAGCUGAACCCCCGGUAUUACCUCCUCGUGGUCCGGCAGCUCCAGUUCGAGCUGGCCGAGACCUCCUACGAGAUGAUGGACCUGAAAGUGGCGCUGGCCGAGCGGCUGGCCGAGCCGGCCCCCCGCGCGGUGAAGAAGAUCAAUGCCCUGGCCCGGGCGGCCAUCGGGUACUACCAGCUGUUCCUCGAUUCCCUGCGGGGCCCCGACCGGGCCUUCCCCGAGCGGCUGGAGGAGGACGUCCUCCGCCCCGCCAUGGUGGCCAGGUUCCACAUGGCCCGCCUCUACGGCAAGCUGAUCCCCGGCGAGGGCCGCAGGGAGCUGGAGAACCUGCAGACGUCCCUGGCCCACUACGCGGCCCUGGUCGACUACUGCGAGAAGCACCCGGAGGCCGUCCCGGCCGUGCGGACGGAGCUGGAGCUCAGCAGGGAGAUGGUCGGCCUCCUUCCCGCCAGGAUGGAGAGGCUCCGAGCCAAGCUGGCCCCUCUCGCCCCAACCCCCCGCCUUCCCCCGCCGGGAAGCGCCCCGCCGCCGGCCGACCCUCCGUCCCCCCGGCCGGGCGGGCCCUCGCCUUUAGCGGCCGCGCCGGGGGAAGCCCUCCGCCCCCAGUGACGGGGAUGGCGCCCGGAGGCGAACUCAACCCGCGCUUGGGCGCGCGCCCCGGUUCCAAGCCGAUCUUUCCCGCCCGAUUCCCUCGCAUCCGG